UUCCGGUUGCUGUAGCCUUCUCACAACAUCAAGCUAGUGCUGCGGCUGGAAGCUAACGUUACAUCUAUUGUUAAUAUAUUAUUCUCAACACCCACAGAGGAGAAACAUGUCAGACACGGAGACAAAACCAUCCAGCCAAGACGGGGGGGACAAGAAGGACGGAGAAUACAUCAAGUUAAAAGUGAUCGGUCAGGACAGCAGUGAAAUCCACUUCAAGGUGAAGAUGACGACACAUCUGAAGAAGCUGAAGGAGUCUUACAGCCAGAGACAGGGGGUCCCAGCCAGCACACUAAGGUUUCUGUUUGAAGGACAGAGAAUCGCAGACAACCAAACUCCCAAAGAGCUGGGGAUGGAGGACGAGGACGUCAUCGAGGUUUAUCAAGAACAGACCGGCGGACUUUGGAAUGAUUAAGCCUCCGGCAUUUCUAAAUCUUUUUUUUUUUUUCUUUCUUAUUUUGUAUUUUAUUUUGUAUGUAUGUACGUAUUUUUGUUCCGUUUCAAACCAUCUGGAUCAAAACCGACUCUAUCAGGGCUUCCAUGUGUGAGGGCAGGAAGGUGGACAGACAGGUAAGGAGGAGGACAAGCGGGUCUCUGGUUCUCUGAAGUGCAGGGAUGCUCAUGUUGUUGACCGGAGCGACACGUUCAGCGUGAGUGUUUCACCCAGAUUCACACAGACAAGCAUCACGUUUUCGUUUGGUUUUCGUCUCGUAUUUCCUCUCGUCCGUCAGCGGAAGCAAAUAAUGCUGUCGAGGAACAAUCUGCGUUAAAGAAGGAGGAAAUGUUCAUCUAAUCACUAUGACAGUCACCAGCCCUGCAAACGCUCUUUUUAUUUGAAACGAUAAUGAAAUUCCUUCAAACAUCCCCUCCGAGAGUUCUGCUGUUCUGAAGCUGAACUGUUGCACU